AGGCGAAGGCGAGCCCUCCCCUUCUAGGGAGCAAACAGCGUUUGCCGUCCGGCCUUGGGAUGGGGUGGGAGAGGCAGCGCGGUUCCUUUAAAGCGGGCACCCCAGUCCUCGGCGUUCCUGCUUGGAAGCGGCUUGACCAAUCGAAGCCCAAACGGAGAUCUAAAUAAUUCCUGAGUGAGCAGAAGCCAGCCACGGGCGGGGGGGGGGGGCAGGCGGGCUCGUGCGAGAGAGGCUCCUACGCCAGCCCCCCCUCCGCCCCGCUGGGGGGGGGGGGAGAGGAAGGGAGAGAAGGAGAUCAGAGGCUCCCCACCACGCCGCUGCCCUCCCACCCUUCAUAAAGCUUUGAUGAGACAUUCGAGCUGCUCGCCUCCUCCUGUGUUUCUGGAGCUGCGGGAGGCGGCUGCAGGGACUGGACGGCUGGGAGACGAUGUGACUCUCCGGAGGAGACCCCAGCAGGCUUUGUGUGGACGGCAAGGUAGGGACGGGGCGGGGGUGGGGAGAAAAGUUGACUCGAGCCGAGCUGGGUGGAGAGAGAGGCGCCCCAGAAAGGGGCAGCAGCAGGGGCGCCAAGCGGGAGACGCGAGAGGGCGUCGGAAGGGGAGGGCUAGGGAGCUGCGGACCCGGGGCUCCGGCAGGACCCUCCCGGCGGGUGAUUCCCUUCAAGAAGCUGAUGGAGCGCCGGGCGGGCGGGAGGAUUGGGAGCGAGGGGAUCGCGGCGCCACCCGCCCGUCGGGCCCGUCCGCUUCCUCGGAAGUAAAGCCCGAGAGCGAGCGCAGCCCUAGGUAAGCGUGGCCCAAACGAGCGAGGUUUGUUGUCCGAUGUGCCCCUCUCGGGUGCUGCCCCCAGAGCACCAGACACCUGCUCGCUUCGCGGCUGGCAGGGACUUGGCGCCCUCGCUGCCUCCGGGGGUGGCCAUCUCUGGCCAGGCUGUGGCACGACCUCGCUCACCGACGCGCGCACUUAGUUCUCGCUCGCUCGCUGCCUGCAACUUGCCGCGCACUUUCCUCUGCGGAAAGCCCACCCGACGGAGGCGGUGGGUGUCCGAGGGCGGCAGGAGAGAGCGAGCGAGGCAGGCGCGCCGCUGGAGCCCACUCGCUGGAGCCCAGGCAAACAGGCAGGGCUUCCCCCGGCUGGUCCCAUCCAACGGUACGUGGAGAGGCAGGGAGCCCCUCGAGGCUGCAGCGCAGCGGAGCGGAGGAAGCGGCUUUGGGGGCGGCUGCCUGCCUGCCUGCCGCGCGAUUACUGGUGGGCGAGGUAGGGGUUCCCCUCCUUUUAGGGGAGCCUUCUUAAGACUGCAGCUGCGGGUUUAAGAAAGGUAGGAAGGGAGGGUGGGUUUUUGUGACGGGGGGGCGUGUCCCCCCCCCCCCAAACCAGCAAAACAACCCAAGCAGCGCUGCAAUUGCGAUACUCCUUGGAUUUUUGUGGUGGUCUAGUUGUGUGGAGCGAGUUUGUUCGGGUGGUGGUUUUGUGCGUUUUUAAUGGGACAGGGGGCCCUCUGCUGGUCAGAGAGAGAGAGAGGCGCAGCGGCUCAAGGCCCAGAGGAGAGGGCGGGAUUCCAGAGCAAAGCGCCGCCGCCGCCGCCAACCUCUGAAUGGGAGUGGGAGGUCUUCUGCUCCACGCAGCUGGGCGAGGUGGGAUCAUCCGCGUCAGGCUCGAUGCGUCUUACAUCGCUGGCUCGGAGGGGCCUCGCAUCCAGAGGGGGAUUUCCUUGUGUAACAUGAUGUGCUAGAGGAACUUUUUUGCAUGAGCACUCCUGCCCAGAUGAGAGCAGCCAGGACGCGGGGAACGCUUCCUGAUGACAGCAAAGGCAGGCAACUGGGCAAGGAGGCAGAGAAACGCUCUAAGCGACGGAGACCAAUCUCGUAUGUGUGAGAGAUGUAGGAAAGCCAGGGAAAUGGGUUCCUGCUUGGAACUCUCUGAAAAUUACUGGAGAUCAAUGUUUAUCUUAAUGAUUAACGGGAGGAAGCUGCCAAAAUAUGUGGGUACAGAAAUGAGCUUGCAAGCAAAGAAUGCAGUUCCUAGUGGAUUAAACGGAGGGGCGGGGAGAACAUGGGGACCAAAGUGAAUCUGGGGGAGCUGUUCUUCACACGGGUUUGAGAAUUACGUCUAGGCUGCAGUCAUUAUACAUUUACAUGGUAGUAAACUCAAUCGGCUUAACUUCUGAAUGAGCAUAUAUGGGGAUGCACUUUUAGAUGGGGAACUCUGGAUUUCUAGAUUUGGACUGCUGCAUUGACCAUGUUACCUGGGACACAUGGCAGGUGGUUCUUUAGGGCGAAUAUGGUGCUACCCCACCAUCCUCAGUCCACCUUCAGGGGUUCCACUGCCUGUCACCUUCCUCCACCUUGGUCUCAGCAUUGCCCCAUGUAAUGCAGGGAGGAGCAUGGGAAUCAAACAAGUAUUAGUUGGCUCUGGCUCCACCAGCCAGUGGUGGUCUCCCUGCGUACAACCUUGCUUGUCCCAAUGGGCACCAGCCAACCCUGGACUCUGACAGGCUGCUGGAGCCCCACCAGAGACUUUGAGUCCAACAAUAUCUGGACGGUCAAUUCCAGGGUAGAUAAAUUUAUGGAUAAGACAUCUAUUUACACACAUUAGCUAUGAUAGCUUAGUGGAACCUCCAUGUUUCAAGGAUCAGGAUGUUUCGAUCAGGAUGCUGGGGUGCAUAGAUUUUAACCUGCUCCAGGGAAUGCAAGUCUGUUGCAGCUAAUUGCUUGGGAAAUGAGUGACAUAGGUUUGGCUGUGUGCAGUGGUGGCUGCAUGGUCCAUCUCCCCACCAGCCCAAGAAACUGGCCAUGUUAUUAGGAGUAAUUCCCUCUAGCAUUGCCUCAAGUUCCUUCCAUCACUGUGAUUCAAAAUCUAACUUGAGUGUCAUCUCCUGGAAACAAAAAGUUUCACUCAUUCUUCAGGGUAUGUAGAGAUCUAUUUAUGACUUGGGCAACUUGACGUUGUUGUUGUUGCUGUAGAGAGAAUUAGGAUGUGUGGCAGCAGCAGUGGGGAUGCAUAACCGCCUAGGUAUGACACACUGCCAGAGGUUAUAAAUGGAAUGUAACGGGAAGUUACUCUGUUGGCUGCAGAUCAGAAUUAUGCAUCUACACAAGCCAGCAAGGCUCAGUAAGUGAACGGAAAGAGACACUUGUUGAAAUGUAACCUUUACUGGAAUUUAAAACACGCCGGUUACCAUAACUGGAAUUCCAGGGCUAUAAAGUUAUUUGUCCUUUUUGUCUACUUUGCUAGACGGAAGUCUGUCUGUGUGUGCGUGUGUAUGCUUUCCGUAAAUUAUUAAACUCCUUUUAUAUUGUGCGUUCAGUCGGUGGAUGGGGGAAGACAACUUAAUAAAAGCAAGCAAUCUCUAUAUAUUUCUGCAAUGCUCACCUGUGCAUUUCAUCCACUCAUUCCAAGAGCAGAGAAUAUUCAUUUCCCAUUCUUUGCUUUAUCAGAUCUGCAAUAAUUUGUGAUCCCAAUCUUAUCACAGUGACCAGGAUUCAAAGAGACCCGCAUGGCUGUCUAAAGUAGUCUUGUGUGCACACAGUGAUUCCCCCCACCCCAUGGUCCCUUGAACUUCUGCAGCAUCUUAUAGUGUGUGCACAUCCACACCAGGGCUUGCUGUGGAAAGGGAGAGACUGGAAAUGCUCAGUAUACAGAUGGCACUUCGAAUCCUAUCCAUUAUUUGAAAGUGUUCAUCCCAUUCAUUUCCAUGCACCUUAUCUACACGAAAGUUUAGUUAGUACUGUAACAGAACUUGGGUCUGCCAUUCUCUUUCCCACAGAAUAAGCACUUUCCAUUUCAACAGGGAUUGUGUUGCUUUGGCCAUUUGAGAAUCUGGUUGUUCAAGAUCUAGACUAUUUUGAAAAUUCAACUUGCAACCUGGGGAUUCAUAGGUUAGUUAAACAUUGCAUGCAUGACAAAGCAUAACUGAGGACCACAGAUUAAGCUCCUGCCACCCCAGUCCUGAAUGUGGAAUGAAUUAUUUUAAAUGCAUCUUGGAUCCAAGAAAGUUUGAUUAGGAUCUUGCUGACAUACACAUGAAGCUGUUUGAUAGCACUGAGUAGCAUAGAGGAUUAGGUACCCCAUCCUAGUUAUUAUCACAACUCUCUUAGCAUUCGUAUUUGCAUCUCAAACAGGCGCAGCAGCAGAAUUAGGCUGCUGUGUCAACAAGACUUCAUAAUGCAUUAUAGCACUUCACUGUGCUUGAAACACUUCAUAUACAUUGCCUUGAGAAUCCUUACAACAGCCCUGCCCAGUAGAUCAUUAUUAUCCCCAUACUGUACUGCUGAAGCUGAUAAUAGUGGCUUGCGUAAGGCCAGCCUUCCCCCACCAGGUGCUUUCCAGAUGUUUGGGGUGACACCUCUGUGCUGUGCUGCCUGGAGCCUGUUGGGAGUCAUCGUCCAAAACAUCUGGAGGGCACCAGGUUGAAGAAGGCUGCAUAAGACCAUUGAACAAAUAUGUGGCUAAGGUGAGAUUUGAAUGUGGGGGGGGCACCAAUUAAGUGCAUGUUUACCCAGAAGUAAGUCUCAUAAUGCUUAAAGGGGUUUAUUUCUCUCUUCCCACCAACCAUCACUGCUGCAGAUUGCAGCUGCAGUCACUGUCCUCAUCAACUUUCUUUAAUUUAUGUUAAAGUCAGUGCGUCUUACUUUCAGGUAAAUACAAUUCUUCUUAUGCUACAAGUCACCUAAAUGAGGUGCUUUUGAAAAUGCUACCUAGUAAUUAUUUCCAGAUGUCCAAACAAUGAAUGAACUAUUUGGCAGCUUUGUUGUGUGCUAUUGAUUGCUCUAAUUCUUCAAUUUUUUAUAAGAUUAAAAGAGCAAUGUGUUACAACCACGUGCAUUCUUUUUUCCCAGAAUUGCCAUUAGCCUCUUGCCUUGAACGUUAAGGGUUUUUCCUUUUUCCAAAAGUACUUUUUUUUAAUUACUUUGUUUGCUAUACAUUUUUUUUUUGAGGUUAUUACCGUUUUGAGAUCAAUAACCAUUACUUAUUUAUGCUUCUAGUAACUGAGUUUUAAUGUAUGCAGAGAAUCUAUCCUGGUAGUAUACAGCAAGUACCUGUGUUAUCUUUAAUUCAUGGACUGAUAAAAAUACUCAGAAUUGAAACCAUUGUGAUAUUUAUAAAUGCACGUACACACGGAGGCAAUGGUCCAGGCUGUGUAGCAUGAGUAAAAUAAAAAGAUAAUGAUGAUUACUUGUUUAUACUGCCCCAUUGAGUGAAUUUCAUUGAGCCACUGACUGGCAGCAUGAAUGACAAGGCUUACUAUUUCAGUAGGCAUGUGCCAUCUAUUCAUGUAACUUCAAAGCAGCAAUACUUUUAACUUAGGACUAUUACUAUGACUGAAUCUCACACACUAGUUUUCCUGAGUGCAAAAAAAUUGCGGAUCGCUCCUAUUAAUUUAAAAUUAUAUAUACAUAAUUCCUUUAUAUGUCCUGAAUAACUGAGGUUGGCUCCUAAAAAUCUGAAAUAUCUUUCUGACUCUUAACUUUGUUCCUCUUUAUAUAUAUAUAUAUAUUUUUAAAUGAUAUUUAUUAAAAUUUCAAAAAAUACAGGAAAAUACAGAAUAAAGUUUUUAAGAUAUAACAGAAAAGUAAAAAAUAAAAAGAAACAUACAAAAUAAAACAGUUAAAAACACGUUAAUUUUCCAUAGCCUAUCUUCCUUACACUUAUUUCCCCGGACCUCCUCAUACCUCCCUUUUUUGUAUUCCAGUUCAAUUUGUUAGUUCAGCAAAUCCUUUUUGUUCCUCUUUUUAUAUGCUUAGGAUGACACCGUAUUGGCCUAAAUAUGAGCCUCACUUUCCCUCCAAAUUCCGACUGUGAAAAGUUAAAGUGGGGCUUAUAUUCACGACCUUACGGUGUGCAGCCAGGAGUGCGGGGCAGACAGCACCAGGAGUGUGGUAAAGCGGUGCCCGCCCUGCACAUAGUCCCUGUCCUCUCCCCCAAGACUGGGAAGGGAGAGAGCGAUGAUGGGGAAAGACUGUCGGCAAUGUAGCAUGCCCCCCCCCCGUAUGCAGCCAGGAGCAGCAAGGAAUGGAGCAGCUUAUAUUUGGGUAUUCCCCCCCCCAUCAAUUUUAAAGGUGCGACUUAUAUUUGGGCCAGUAUGGUAUUUUAUUCAUUUCUCUGUAAAAAUUUAUAUUCUGCCCUUCCUCCAAAAGGAUCCCAGGGUGGCAAAUAUCUUCAAUAAAAUACAAUUACAGUGGUACCUUGGGUUACAUACGCUUCAGGUUACAGACUCCGCUAACCUAGAAAUAGUACCUCGGGUUAAGAACUUUGCUUCAGGAUGAGAACAGAAAUCAUGCUCCGGCGGCACAGCAGCAGCAGGAGGCCCCAUUAGCUAAAGUGGUGCUUCAGGUUAAGAACAGUUUCAGGUUAAGAACUGACCUCCGGAAUGAAUUAAGUUCUUAACCCGAGGUACCACUGUAAAAGUAAUUGAAAAACUUCUAACAAAAACUAACACAUGUAACUAAAGCAGAAAUGUUUUCAGCAGACAUCUAAAGGAAUACAAUUGUGGCAGCUGCCUCAUGUUUGGAGACUGGAAAUUCUGAAGUACAGAUGUUGCCAUACGGCAAUCCCUUAAGUAAACUGGUCCCAAGCAUGUAAGGGCUUUAUAUACCAGUAGCAGCAACUUGAACUUGGCCCGAUGGCAAACUGGCAGCAAGUGAAGAUCUUUGAGCACAAGUGUAAUAUGCUGAUGGACAUGGGUGUUGCUGUGCUCUAAACCACUGAGCUUCUUGGGCUUGACGAUCAAAAGGUCGGCGGUUCAAAUCCCUGCAACAGGGUGAGCUCCCAUUGCUCUGUUGCAGCUCCUGCCAACCUAGCAGUUUGAAAGCACACCAGUGCAAGUAGAUAAAUAGGUACUGCUGUGGAGGGAAGGUAAACGGUGUUUCCAUGCACUCUGGCUUCUGUCAUGGUGUCCCAUUGUGCUAUAAGCGGUUUAGUCAUGCUGACCACAUGACUCAGAAAGCUGUCUGUGGACAAACGCCUGCUCCCUUGGCCUGAAGUGAGAUGAGCAUCGCAAACCCAUAGUUGCCUUUGACUGGACUUAAACGUCCAGGGGACCUUUACCUUUUUACCUUUAUGCUGAUGGACUCUACCUGACAAACUGUCAGCAAUCAUCCUGGAGCAUUCUGCACUAACUGCAGUUUCUGGACCAGACAAAAGGGAAGCCCCAUAUAGAAUGCACUGCAGUAGCCCAGUCUUGAGGUUUCCAAUUCCUGAACCACUGAGGUCAAGCUGGCCUAGUCCAGGAACAAUUGCAGUUGCCUAACCAGCUGAAGACAGUGAAAAGCUUUCCUACCCAACAAGGUCACUUGGGUCACUCUACUGACAAUGCUGGAUCCAGGAGCACCUUUUGGGCUGUCUUCUGGAGGCACCACAACCACUGCAGGCAGUCAACCACUUUCUUGCACAUGAGAACUAUCCAUUAGUUAUCAGCAUUUCUGGCAGAUGCCCAUAGAAUCCCUGCUGAAUGAUUCUGUGCAGUCUUGGCACAAUCGCCAUCACCUUGUACAUUGAUACCGGUUGGUUCUAUUCUUCAUCUUACCUACUAGUUUCCCAGCGCGUCUGGUCAGGAUUGGCAUCUGGUUCUGAGUAAGCCAACUGAAAACUAAUCCAGGCAAGGCUGAAGAACAUCUGAUAAUUUGCAAAUGCUAUAGCUUGAGAGACAAGGGAGAAACGAGAGAGACACACAGAAGGGUCUCACACAUUGAUUUCAGAUGUAGAUGUCUGCAAAGGGUGCAACAUGCAUGCACACUGGAUCGAAACUGUUUCACAGUGAUUUCAUCUGGAUCAUCUGCAAUAAAUGAGUAAUGAAAUGGUAUUAAUUCUGGAGUACACUGCUAGUGUGGAAGUAACCAUCCCUUGCUCACUCAUGUUUCCAUCUUUGUGAACUCUUAUAUGCUGUCCAGAGAAAGUUUCUGAAUAAAGCAGGCUUUGCCACUUGCAUCGUCUCUCCCCAUAUCUGGAAUCGGGGAUGGAAACUGGUGUCAGCAAGUAGGGAAGAAACCCUGGAAACUGCCUUAUGCUGAGUCACGCCAUUUGGCCAUCCAGUGCAGCGCUGUUUACACUGGCAGGCAGCAGCAGCUCUCCAGGAUUUCAGACAGGGGUUAUCUACCAGCCCUGCUUGGAGAUCUUUGGUACUGAACCUGGAACCAUCUCCAGGCAAAGCAGAUGCCCUACACUGAGCUAUGGCCCUUCCUCAUUCAUCUCCAGGGAACUACCGGAAGCCUAUCUAGCAGCACAGUUUGAAUUCCCUCAGAAAUGGCUGCCUUCUACUCCUGUGAGCUUCUCAAGCUAUAGUUCACAGGGUUCUUCUUUUUAGAGGGGGGUGAUGUUGUGCUUUGGAUGCAUGGUGUGUAUGUAGCCCUUGAGAACUAAGAGAGGAUUUGAACCCUUGUCUGACCCUCAAGCCAAUACACAGCCUCAUAGGAGGUGCACCAUGUCAUGUAUGUGUGGCAAAAGCUGUUCCUGCUUGAAUUCCCUCCUCUGUGCAAAUGGCCCACCCUGGUGCCCACCGUGCCUGCCCUAGGCCUUGUUGCCUAUAGUGUUAGGCCUGUCUCUGAUAAAAAGGAUUGGGGCCUGCUCUGAAAGAACAGAGGAAAUACAACUCUUUGGGUUCAGGCCAGUAUAUCUCACUCAGGGCUGAAGAUAAAAUCGCUACUUAACUCUCAAUAUGAGGCAAUUGAAAAAGAGCUGUUCACUAUUGUUUAUUUAAUGAAAAGAGAUAAAAAGAAAGGCCUUUUCUUUGAGAUUCAACAACACGGAACAAUUUUCCCUCUGUAGUACUGCCACUUAGUGUUCAACUUCACUGAAUCACAGCUGGAAAACCCAUUUUAAAAAAUUGCACUCUCUGUUAGAGUCCUAUUUUUCUUGCUACAGGGAGGAUGUCAUCAUUCGAAGACUGUAAAUUGUGGUUGGCAUAACAAGCCAAAAGUCUCGAGCAUUUUAUUUUUUUACAAAUCACUUGACGGAAGGCAUAAGGUUGUGUGCCAUGGCAGGAGAUGAGAAAAGAUCCUCCUGCUUAUUUAAAUGUGUGUUUGGUAAUAACUUUGUGGUGGUACUACUUUUUAAAAGUCAUGGGAAAUGGGCACUGGCUGCAUUUGGGGACACAAGUCGUCUCCCCAAAGUUUGAAAUUGAAAUAAAUGAGCUGCUUGCCCUGUUCUGCUUAUUUGUCCAGGCUCAACCAGGCAUUUGCACAAUACACACUUGCUUGUCACUCCUAAGAGAGAGAGGGGUAGAAAGAAAGACAACUUUCAGUAAAGAUUUGUUUUUAACACUCGUGUUCUACAUUUGUUUCCCUUAACUGCUCAUUGAUUGAACCCAGAGUCCAAAAAACUGGUUUUCUUGUUUCAGUCUCAGUAAACUCAACUGUUUCAGUCUCAGUAAACUCAAAAGGUACAGCACGGAAGAAAACUGAACUUCACAAGAGUUGUAGCUAUCUAGAAUAAGGUCAAGCUAUUUUCUUUGGGAAAAGAGGUCAACAGGAUGCUACGAGAGCUCUGAGCAGAGGAUAUCUUUAGCCCGAGCUGUAAUGCUUACUCUUGUUUUAAGUGGCUGCUUCUUUAAUAUCUACAGAUGUUGCUUCCAGCCUUUGAUUUAUGGCCGCAUUGGAAAUUUUGCUCAGUAUGCUGAGCAUCGUGACAGAGGCUCCUGUGUGAGCGGAUAUAUCCCUUUUAAUAGGUUAAUUACUAACCUGCAUUGACUUGUUUUCACAUAAUUGUUAUGAGCACUCAGCCCCCUCCCCUGCAAAAUUGCAGCUUAAUGGAACACCUCUUAAUCAUCUCUAGGAGAGGUUUAUAUACUGGCACGCUCCAUCUUACCAAAAACUGAACUGUUUUCUCCUGAGUGUUUUGUUCUGAAUAUGAACUUAAGGAACAGAGCUCUGGCUUAGGGAAAACAAGAACAAACUCUCUUUGUAUGUCACUAGCACAAGGGGUACCAAAAUAACAUGCCCUUUACUUUUCACCCUUGGGGCCAAGCUACACAUUACUUGUGUAUAAUAUAGUCAUUUUGUAUUUUUUUUAUUUUAAUUGUAAACAAAGAAUAGCUUUGACAGGCUGCAAUUUUGCAGGGAAAACCAGCAUACAAUGUAUGGAUUGCCCCUUAUUUAAUAAGCAGCAGAUCAACAUUAAACCAAAGUCCAUUGAACGUGUUUACAGUCUGUACGCUGUAAACUAGUUAAAUUUAAGUAUUUGUAUUACAGUUAGUUCAGACCAGCUGAAGGCCAUGGGUCUUUUAUAAACUCAGCUUUUGUGGUGUGCUGUAGUCGAGGCAGUGACAUCCCUUUGAGGAACAUAGGAUAAGACUGUGAAGAUAUGCCCCAUCUUCUACGAAAAGCCCCUUAGUUUUGUUAUGGGCCUAUGACAGCGAAGAUCAUGUAGGGGCUGAGGUCACUCCCUUGGUCUUUGGGAUAACAUGCCCUUCCAAAUCCCCUUUCCACAGUGGUGUGGAGCAACAUAACAUCUCUUUACCCAGACCUAUGGAGCAUAGUCAACAUCUAUUGUUGCUCUACUGCUGAGCAUGGGACAGAAAUAAAUGAGGAUAGCAUCAAUCUUGUGCCAUGCACACAUGGGGGGGGGGGGAGAGAGAAUAGUGUCAUUUUCUCUAUCCACUUUCCCAAUUUUGUGCAUAAUUUCAUACACUGUAAGUUGUAUCCAGCUAACAUUUACUCAGAGCAGAACUAAUUGGAUACAACCCGUCUGUUAUGGAAAUUUCUCUUUUCUACACUUGCACUCCAGUGCAUUAUGCCCAACAAAGGGAUUAAGUCUCCCCUUGCAUCAAUGCUGGCUGCUUAGCACAUGAUCCCAUGUCCUGCUGUCAUACCAUGGCAGAACAGCUGGUGCAGAGAAAUAACAACUUGUCCAAGGCUGGGCAACUACUUGCCCACUGAGCUCUUCAAAACCAGAAGCUUCAGAGAAUGCAACCAAUCUGGGACAACAUCCGCAGCUCUUCCCACAGAAGAAUGCCUGAUCUCUCUCUGGCCAUAUCUGUGAUAUUAGUUAUAACGACAACUUUUUAAGAUAUACCAGUAUUGACUUUCAUCAGGUGUGUUUCUCAUCGCUAUAAAGCUGGUCAGUUCCUCUAGUCCAACAUGUUGCACUAAGGCAGAAAAGUCCAUAGCUAAACAUCUGGGACAGGGCAAUCUGUGAUUCUCUCUCUCUCUCUCUCUCUCUCUCUCUGUGUGUGUGUGUGUGUGUGUGUUAUCAGAUGAAACCCAAACAAAUCUCUCAGUCUUUGCAAAAAUAUAGUGAGUAAACAAACCAACCCCGGUGUUGCAAAAUAUGAGUCAGCAAUAUCAAAAGCAACACGAUGGCCAGAAACCAUAACAAUGUGAAAAACUUUAUGGAAUAAUUCAAAACAUCAAAACUAACAAACUUAAGCCUCUGAAAGUCCUUAAAUGAAUCACGGUGCCAGACUUUACCCAGCGGAGAAAAAUAUAAAUAGCGAGCCACAACCUGUUUAAUUGGCUGAAGUGCAGAUACUACGGUAGCUUGUAGAUCACUAUUAUUAAGGUUGCUAUCCUAUCUAUAUACUUGGGAGUGAGUCCCUCUUUAAUGGGCCUUUCUUCUGAGUAGAACCUACAUAGUGUUGUUCUGUGUCUCUCCUAAAUUGGCUAGAGCCAAGCUGCAGAUAACUGGUGGAUACAUUAUUUAGAAUUGCUAGGUUCUCUCUUCCUGCUUGUGGGCUUCCCACAGGCCUCUGGUUGGUCAUUGUAAGAAGAAGAUGCCGGACUAGAUGGGCACAGGUUUGGCUCAGCAGGAUCUUAUGUUCUAAAGAAGCUUUCAGAAAUUUGGAGGAGCUAAGAAUCUUCCAUUCCUGGAGAAUUACAGGGUUGAAUCCAGAGGUAGCUUGUCAUGCUUGGGUCUUGCAGAAACGGCAUUCUGUUUAUUAAUUACGUGGACUUCUAGCUUUCAUUGUGUAACCCUCACAAGGCAGUACACAAAUAAAACAAAAACAUAGCAUGGGACUAACUUGUCUCAUUGAUUUUAGUGGGAAGGCCAGGGCAAUCUUAACCCCCUGAUUCAAUCUCCUAGAGGGGUUUAGGAUGUGGCAGAGGUGUCCCUCCAACAAGCUUGGAUUCAGAGGAAGUUGAGGAGCAAUCGUGGCAGAUCCACUGCUGCAUUUGGAGGAAUGCCUCAGCAGAUAAUCUUUCUAUGCAGGCAAGAAGGAGGACCUUCACAUAUCCUUGUUCCAGAUUGUUUUAAAGUAAAAAGAGACCAGCACUUUUAAUUACUUUGGAAUUGGGGACCCAGUUAAUAACUGGGCAGCUACAUUCAGAAGUUUCCAAACAUAGGCAAAGCCAUGUUUCAAGUAUUAGACACUACGUAAUUUUAGCAGAAUGCUUCAAGAGCACAGGUAACUAUGACAAGAUCCUUUUUAUUCAGGCAGGGUAAUAGCUGAAACACCAAAGGAUGUUUGGUGAAAGGUGCUUUGUGCAAUGGACACUUGAAAGUUCAGAUCCAAUAGCAACCCCAAGCUGUCAACCUGAUCCUUUAGGAUUAGUGUAGCUCCAUCCCAAAGAGUUUGAAUGCCAGCUUCCCAAAAUGUAUUUAUUUAUGUAGAUCAUUUGUAUUCCACACUUUGUUUCAAAGAGACACUCAGGGCAGCUGUAAACUUAACCAUCUAAAGCUUUGUUGGCUGGAUUGAGACCCAGUUUAUCGGCACUCAUCUAGCUCGUUACAAGUCCUGGCACUUGCUGAGAGUGUCCACUGCCUCACCUGGACUAGAUGAAAAGGAGAAUCUAGGUGCAGAUCUCCAGAUCUCCACAUGACUACCAGCAGCAGUUUUGUGAAAAUGUUUAAUAGCACUGGAGGCAAGAGGCAACAAAAAAGCUGGAUCAUCCCAGACAGGUGAUCUGGAAGGAUACAAUGUCAAUAGUACUCUAAGCCUUGGAGAGGUCCAGGAGAAACAACUGUGUUGCAUUUUCCCCUGAUUAUCUCCCAGUGCAACUGUUCUAAAGCAACCAAAGCAGUUUCAGUCCCCAAAGCAGAAUGGAAGCCAGACUAAAAUGGGUCAAGAUAACCUGUUUCACACAGGGGUGCCUAAAGUUAGGCAGUCACUUCCCACUCAUCCAGCUAUGUUCAAGAUAACAAGUGAAUGAACUAUGUUCAAGAAGACAAGGAGAAUGAGGAAAAGGUAGGGAAACGGGGAUGGUAUGGAAGCAAUUGACUGAUUCCACAAGCAGCACACAAUUAGAACAGCAUAUCUGUGUCUUUCUCAUGAAUAGAUACAUUUGAAAGCAUUCCAUGUAGCUAUUUCAGAUGUGAGAGCUACUUCCAGGAUCAUACUGCUGACUUACAUUUCUAAUAUGGAAAGUAGGUUCAAGACAUGGGCAUGACCCCAAAGGAGUUCUUGCAUCUGGAAUUGGUAGUUGGAAAGGUUUCAUAAAUAGGCCUACAGUCAUAAGAAGGACAGGGAUAUGCUGGUCUGCUUCCAGACUGCACAUAUCUAACAGCAGAUAGCACUGGCUCUCUUGUUUUUGGCUAUUACCCUUUUCCAUGACCAGAAAACUUUUUAAAACUACAUUCGUACCAUUGAACCUAUACAUUCAUUUGUCAUAAUGACCAUUUCAAUUUAUUACCAUUUAUUUAUUUAUAUCCCACCCUUCUUCCCAAAGGAGCAUGGAGUGGCAAACAAGAUAUAAAAUUAAAACAUACUAAAAACAAUUCCAAGACAGAUGCAGACUGUGAAAAAUCUCCAGUUAAAAGACUUGUUGGAAGAGGAAGAUCUUCAGUAAAUGCUGAAAUGGCAACAGGGGUGGUUCCAAAGGGUAUAUAAAGUGUCACAAUCGUUCAGGUAACCAGGUCCCUAGUGCAGUAGGGCUUAAUACCCCCAAACCAGUGCUUUGAACAUAACCCAGUAGCUAACUGGCAGCCAGUGCAGUCCUUUAAACAGCCAGGCUAAUGUGCUGGUGAUAUCCUGCCCCAGUCAAGCCACUGCGUUUUGCACUAGCUGCAGCAUCUGGACCAGCCUCAAGGGCAGCCCUCCCCCCCCCCCCCGCCACAGCAUAUUGCAGUAAUCCAGCCUGGAGGUUACCAGCCUAUAUGGACAACAGUGGUCAGGCUUUCCCAGUUCAAGCAACAACUCUAAAUGUCUUUUCAGCUGAAGGUGGUAGAAGGCACUCUGGCCACUGAGGCCACCUGAGCCUCUAGUGACAAACAGGGCAGCAAACAAAAUAUAUUCAUGAAUUUCACUUCAAAGUUUUGUUUGUUUCUAGGACUUUUUUUUUUAGCCACCCUACAAUUAUCUUAUUUUAUUUCAAAAUUUUGCAUCCUAAAACUGGGAACCAAAGAAGGGACAUGAAGGUAUGAAAUACCCACUUGGGGGUUUGUUUUCUUACUGCAGUUUUUCUCAGAUUGUCUAUUCAGCAGGAAGCACUGCUACCUCACAGAUCAACUUAUUCUCUCCAGCUAAUAUUAACAGUUCAUUUCCCUCCAGUUCUAACCUCCUUGUUUGCAGCCAGUAAUUUAGAGCCAGCACCUGUUCACAUCUUUAGACCUGUGUCAUAAAGAAACAAAUGCUUAAGAUAAGAGCAUAUUGAACAAUGUGUCAAUGCAAUAUCACAAACCACCACAAGACUAUCUCCAACCCCUCCCCCCCCCCAUCCAAACAACCCAGUAAAACAAGUUUUGGUUCCUUCCCACCUUUUUCAGUGGAAAAAAAUAGUCAAAUGUCAAGGAUUAGUAUCAAUAACUAGGUGCAUGUUUACCUUUCUGCUUUUGCCAGCAGGGUACUAUUUGCAAAUUAAAUUUCUUGGGUCUUGCCACAGGUGGCCACCAAGGCUUGGUUCCAUGCUGAACGUGUGCAUCAGAUGCUGAAGAUGCAAAACCUCAUAAAGGAUUUGUUUUCAGUUUAAAUAAAAAAAAUCCAUUUGGAAGGAAACAAUUUAGCAGGAAGGCGUGCGAGGAUGUGAAAGAAUGGCUGCUCCCACUGUGUUUAUGGUUGGUUCAUACAUGCCUCACUUCAAGGCACCACACCUUAUUCUCAGUAAUAUUUUGCAUUCUCUGGAGCUUCUGCCCAGUGGAAAGUUCACUUUGCAUUCUAAUUUGGCCCAAAUGUUACUAAUGACUUGCCUUGUCAUCCUGACUUUUGUUCUGUACUCUCUACAUCCAGAUUUCUUGUUUGUCUGGUCCUUAUGACUGCAACGUAGUGUAUCAAUGUGCACAACAUUUUGCAAACCAACAGCUCCCUGGGGAGAUUGUGGCCACAAGAGGGAUGGGGGUAAAGUGAGAGGAUUGCCCUCACAGAAAUAAAUCCUUUCAGGUUUCACUGUCAGAAAGUAAUCCUUUACUUUCAUUAUUCUGGACUAGAAUUAUGGUGCCACUGUGUUGGCAGAAAGGCCAGCCAAUCCAAUGCUUAACCCUGGAAGGGAAAUUCUCACAAGUAAGAAAUUUAAAGGGAGGAGGAGAUGGUAAACACAUCCCCAACCAUCCCUGGGAAUGCCACCACAGCCCACCAAUCUUGGCCAGUGCUAGUAAAGACAUCAACACAGGGAAGGAGCCAGUGAACUAACAAUAGGAAUAUGCUUAAGGCAUAUAUCUCACUACACACAAGGCAACACCACUCAUAUCAGCCCCAAUGGCACAGCCAGCAGUGACCGGUCCAGAUUUUUAAUCCCUUUGUGCUUUAUGACAACCACUGUUUUGGAACACAAACGGAAGGAGGGAGAGGUCAUACAAUGUGACACCUGCACAACUAGCAUACACGGCUCCUCCCCUCCCCCUUGGAAAAAGGUUCAAAACCCACCUAAGGAAGGGAAAGAUUCAUUUUUUUGCUAAGCAGCCAAGGGAAUGGGGCACGUGCGCGCGCGCACACACACACACACACGCACGGCAGCCACAAACACACACUGACAGCCACUGCCAUUAAUGAAUCACUGAACAGGGCAUAGGACUAGCAGAAGCAGGAGACAAGAGUUUGAGCCCUACCAGGGGGAAGCGACCCCACAUGCCGUUAGCAUGCCUGGCAGGGAAGAAUGUCAUAUCAGGGUUAAUGAAAGGGAGAGAGAGCACCCUGGACUCAAACCCACAGCACAAACGUCACACAGCUGUUCCCUAGCCACUCAGCCAGAGUAGCAGGCAGCAGUCUUUACCUGCCCCACUCCCCGACAGAUAAGAUGUCAGGUAUAGUGCAGGUGGUUUGGCUUGGGGAAACAGCUUUACAGGUCAAAUUAGGCCCACAGAUCAGAGGUUUCCCCAAUGCUGCUGCAACUUGGCCAGCAAUGACAGUGCUUAGAGAAAAGUGUCUGAUUUUUGCCAGCAGAGUUUGCCUGCAUGUGGGGAUGAGAGCCUUCUCUGCAUUUCCCUGUAUUUUGGGGGAGGAGGAUGUUACAGAAUUACGGUUCAAAGAAGACCCGGUAUAUUCACAUUUGGCAAAGUGACAGUGGGGAACAAUGGGAGAGUUGGAGCAAUAAUCCAUUAUGCUACAGCAUGUGUUUUCCUGCAGCCCGUGAUUACAUGCGUCCCUGCCUCCACAUCUUUCCCUGUACUCUCGCAUUCGCACUGCCAGUUCCUUGGGGGCAGAGACGUGUCCCCUUGUAUUUUGCAAAGCGGCACAACCUCUGAGGGACAUAGUAGUGGUAGAAAAAAGAUACUGCACUUUUGCUCUGUUAGGUUUUGCAUCAUGAUGUGACAUCAUCAACAUCAGCGUAUCAUGACCUUAGUGUUUUGCCAGUGCAGUUAAUAGAAAGAACGUCCCUCAUGCUGGUUACAGAGUCACAUUUUGGUGUCUUUCUUCUUCUUACAUUCUCCUCCAAAUAUGAAGUAGUAUAAAUCCAUAUACUGCACUGUAUUACAGAAUACAUCUAACUAAUCUGUACAACUAGUUUAAACACACAUAACAAAUGUGUGAUGUUUUAAAGAGCAAUACUACUCGCUAAAACUAAACAUUUAAAUACACAGGUUUUUCUAAAGUGUAACAGGACAGUAUCACGAUCUGAAAAAUUGUGAAACUUGCUCUGGGUCACUGAGAGCAUUGUGUGAGUUCUCUAAUUGUUCUGAGGUAAAAUAGAAGACAGAAAAAGACAAGCGCUCUAUGUGAAGCCACAAGUGUUUCUCUACUGUCAGCUGUCUUUCCUAUUGGGCAGCAUUGGGGUUCUGAAGGAUAAUGGACUUCACCCAUAGUCUUGAGAACAUACUUUUAAACACAUACAAAACCAGCAAUGCUUACAAUCUAAAAUAUGAAUGGCUUUUCGAGAAUUCUCUUUCCCAACCUCACCUCCUCCUCCCUGCCUAUGUCAAGCUCUUCACAUAUUUAGGGCUUCGAGAAAAACUGAGUGGGAACAUCACUACUUGCACACAUGUAAUCCCACGAGCAGAACCAACAGGAUAAAUGGCCACACCCCCUGGAUUGACAUAAUUAUUAUCAGCAUGGGAAACAGGACCACACGAAGAGAUGGAGCUCACUGCCAAAUCCAAGCUGCAUCUUGGACUCUUGCCACUGAUGUAUAUAACUCUCUGUGACACGGCAGCAGCAUCCAAUAAUAUUCACAUAGUUCUAUGUAUGUUUAGGACUAUGUGCCUAUCCAUAUAUUAAUAUGCAGUGACUGCUAAACUGCCCCAAUGCCAUGCUCACUCUAGCUGGGCCUGCCUCACCACUUUUGAUGUUAUGAUCAAGAGCUGGGAAAGAGUACAGUGAUACCUUGGUUUUCGAACAGAAUGCAUUCCGGGAGUCCGUUUGACUCCCGGAACCAUUCAAAAACCAAAGCGCAGCUUCUGAUUGGCUGCAGGGGUGUCCUGUAGCCAAUCAGAAGCCACGGAAGCUGCACUGGAUGUUUGGCUUCUGAAAAUUAUUCGAAAACCGGAACACUCACUUCUGGGUUUCAAUUGUCCGGGAGCCGAUUUGUUCAGGAGCCAAGGCUUCCAAGGUACAACUGUAUAGGCAAAAGUAGUUCAAGGAAGGAGUGGGUUGUUGGAAGUGCAAAUAUGGAUUCUGGGGAACUUCAAAUAUUGAACCUGUGGUUUUCUGGAGCACAGAAGAAGUCUGUCUCCCCAUAUGCCUUCUUUGUUUAUCGGAGUCAAUAAUAUGAGAAGGUGAUAACAGACUUCCUGUACGAUUUCAACACAGACCUCUAGCAAAGUAGAAGUUCAAAACAGAGGCACAAACAACAGCAGGCAGGUGACCCAAAAUGGAGUCCUUUUGUAUCAAGAGGAGACAAAAUGCUUAGGACUUUCUAAACUAGGAUGACCAGUGCCUUUUUGGUAUCUGCUCUGGUGUCCAUUCCAAGAAGCAGACUCUGAUGCAACCUGGGACUCUCCAUUUUCCCUUUUCUUUUUCCAUUUUCACGCUGCUUUUCUCUUCCUCCUUUGGUGCCUCCCUCCUUCCUUUCCAACCCCAUAGCAAUGGUUGCCUGGAGCCAUCCAUGCUCUCCUGAUCCUUCUCUAGAUGCCCACAUAUACCCCAAGUAGCAUUUUGUUAUAUAAAAGAAAACCUCUCUUCCAUCACCCCAUCCAGGUGAAACUUAUUGCAUCUGCUACAUGCUAAAAACAGGAGCCUGGCCAAAAGGUAAAGAUUGUAAAAAUGGUCCUGCAAAGAAGCAUUUAAAGGAAUGGGAACAGGGGAAAUAUUUAUUAAGAAAUGUCAUGCUUACAAAAUUUCUGAAGGGUAUUGAAACAAUUAAAAGAUCAGGCUAAAAUAAGUUUACAACCAGGGAGAUAAAAACAUUAAACCAUAUAGAAAGUUUGCAGGAAUAAAAAGGGUGGGUGGAAGCAUGUCUGAGGCUUUAAAGAAAAGGAGCCAAAUACACCUCUCUAGCGAGAGAGCUCUGUAUUCUGGGUGGCAAUAUGAAAAAGGUCCUGUCUUGCAUCUUAGGUUCAACCAACCAUGUUUCUGAAAGUGGUGGGAAGCAUAGCAGAGCCUCUAAUGUUGAAUAUGGGGUGGGGGGGUAUCAUAGAAAGAUGGUGUUGGAAAGGGUCUUGGAGGUCCUGUAGGCCAACCUCCUGUCCAAUGCAGGAAAUCCACCACUACAGCAUCCUUGAUAGGUUAUUUGCUUGUAAUUAGAACCCUUUGGUUCAGGUCUUGUCCAUUGGAGCAACAGAAAACAAAUUUGCUCCAACAGCAGUGGAAUAGCACUUCAAAAAUUUGGAGAUGGCUAUCGUAUUGUGUCUCCAGAUAGUCUGCUCCCAAACAGUCUGGGGCUUUAAGUUAACUCCAAGGAUUGAGCCUUGACAUGAGCUGAAAGCCAGUGCAGGUGAAACGAAAUGAGUAAUAGUAUCAGUAAAGUGAGUGUCAGAGACCAGACAGCCAAUUCAUUUUGCACACAUAUGACCUCCCUUCCAUCAGAGUAGUUACCCUCUCAACGUUCUGAUGGCUAAUGUGACAGAUCUCCAAAGAUAUCCCAAGCGUUUGCUCCCAGGGAAGGUUGUCCCAUCACAAUAUUAAACUUUCUCUUAAGAAGAUAAAGACCUGUUGACUGUUUUCAUGAAAUAUUAUUUGCAAGCAACCAGGCUUUGAGCCAAAUUCUGAGAGGAGCCAAGCCCUGAACAGCUGUUUUCACCAAACAGGCUCUACUUUUCGGAGAGUUGCAGGUACCUGGCAAAAUCCCUUGGAAUUUCACAGGGAAUGUGACCUGUGCAUUGUUCUUAACACACAGGCUUGAGGACUUACAGGGUGGCCAAAAGCAACAUACUUUGUGGAUUUCCUCUAAUCAGCCCAAUUUGCUUCUCUCACUCGUGUUUGCUUCAGUGAUGAGGAGAGUUUGGUUCUCUGUUUUAAGCUAAUUGAGAGUGACCCUCAUGUUCUUGUCACGCUGCCAGUGCAGCUGUCAUAAAGCAUGUUUCAGGACCCCUGGAAACACCCUAUUUAUGCAGUAGUUUCUCCCUAUGCAGAGAGUUAUUUCCUGCUUUUAAUAAUGAUUUUGCUCUGCGGUGGAAGUGGGCGAAAGGCAAGGGAGGGGGAAGCUGGGUCUUAAAUCAAUACUGCUGGAGAAAUCUGCUUCCACAAAGAGCAUGUUUCCUCUUAGAAUUGCAAAUGAACAUGAACAAACAUCCCCUCCUCAUACUCAGUUCUUUGGUUUGUUAUUUUGUUUGCGUGCCUAUAAAACCAGAAGCUUGGAUGGGAAGAGAAGAGUUAAAAAAGAAAAAGCCAUAUGGCAAUAGCAGGAGGUCUGGCCACCCCACCUUAGGCUCGUGACAACAUGCCCUACAUUUAACCUACAGUCAGGAACUAAUUAACAACACAGAUGGGAGUGAGCUAGCAUAUGUAUUAAGAGGGGAAAAAUUAAUACCCCAAAGGUUUUAAUCAGAAGCCUUGCCUCUUUCUGGGUUAGAAGCCUAAGCAUUGCCAUAGGAAACUGCAAAAUAUAUAGAUGGGGAGGCAGUGCCUGGUAGUGGUUAGAGAGUGGGGCCCUCUUCCGGCAGCAGCACUGGGGUGCUGCAUGACUAUAGGUAAGUCACAAAAAGCUGCUUACCUGCUUCAGUCUGAUCAAUGGGGAACGGAGAUCAGCACUCUGGGUUUUGUAGUCUGAGUAUUGGGGCAAUGGGAAUGUUUUUGUAAAAGCAAAGGAAGUUAUAAAAGAUGUCCCUGCUGUAUGAACGCAGGGACACAGGGAAAUGGAAGCUUAAGCUUAAUUAACUUCUUAUUUUGUACUACAUGAUUGAAGCGCCUAAAUUUAUAGAUCGGUAGGUGAAGCUCCAUACUUCCCCACCUUGUUUCUGAGAGGUGGUUGCUCCAAUUUUAAAAUCAGGGAUUCCUUUCCCCUUGAAAACUGGUUGCUGGGGAGCACAGGUGGGAAGAGGGUUCAGCUCCUCCUUGUGGUCCUUUCAGAUGCCAUCAGCCCUAUCAAGUGGGGCAACUCCUGGGAGUUGAGACCUUCCCCCCAUUUGGGGAGGCAGGCCCCCCCAUGUCCCCCAAAAUUGGGGUGGAGGAGGCCAAACGCGAGCUGAGCGCAGUGCCACUUCAAUGGCCAGCUCAUACUUGGUGGAGGAGGAGGCAGGAAGAGGAGGAGACACUGGCCACUGAAGCCACGAUCUGCCCACCCUCCUCCUACUUGCGUGGACAGAAUGACCAUAAUAGUGCAAUGUUGGAUUCCUCCCUUUGCGUGGCUUGCAGCAAGAAGAUAAACCCAAGCAACAUGCUGUCCCCUUAAAUCAGUGAUGGCCAAACUUGGCCCUCCAGCUGUUUUGGGACUACAACUCCCAUCAUCCCUAGCUAACAGGACCAGUGGUCAGGGAUGAUGGGAAUUGUAGUCCCAAAAUAGCUGGAGGGCCGAGUUUGGCCAUCACUGCAUAUACACUGUGAGGCUAAUAGUUUUGUGUGUUUUGACUUUGGUUGUUACGUACAUCCCUUAUGCUGAACAAAAUGAUAACAUGACAGUAAAUUCCAUAUACAAAGACAGAAUUUCACAUGCAGGGGGAAUCUUUGUCCAAACUGGACAAUUUAAAAAAAAACAUUUUUAUUUUUUUAUUUUUUAGCUAUAGGUGUAUUUAUGAUACAAUGAGUUUUAUGUAUUUUCUUCUUAAUGUUGGCAAGGUACUUGCCUGGCAUUGGCUGUGAGAUCUGUCACAAAGCUCAGGUUUUCCCAACUUUUAUCAGACAAGUUUCUGCCACGUGCUGUCUUUCUGGGAUUUGCCCCAGCAAGGCAUUACUUUUGAUGGAAAGAAUGUCAGAAGACACCAAAACCAGGUCCUAAAUCUCAAGACAAGCCUGAAACAAACCAGGUUUUUCCUUUUGCCGAAUGGUUUAAAAUGGAAAGUUGGAAAUACAUAAAUUAGGAGUGAAAGGUUCAAACAAUUUCUCCGGCGGGGGGGGGGGGGGGCUGACUCCUUUCCUAUCUGUGGAGAGAGAGAAACUCUUGCCUAAAGCCCCAUUUAGCUUUGUAUAAAUAAUUUAUAGAAAUGCAUAUGUAUGUAUACACUUAUAUAUCUGAUAAACGUAUAAAUCACUUUAUAUUAUUUUUUGGUAGUGGUGUAUUUAUAUACAUUUGGGGGGCAUGAAUUCCUUAGCAGGGCUCAUUAUAUACGACUGGUGCAUGAAGUUCUUUUAUUAACCACAGCGUUUUGAUCACAGGCUACUAUUUGUUACUAAAAUAAGAGUGGUGCCUGCGUGUGUGUGUGUGUGUGUGCACAUAAAUAUUCAUAAUUGUGGAAUAAAUCUCUUCAUUUCAAGGAAGUUCCUGGGCCGGAGGUUUCUAGUGCUGAUCUGUCAGAAAAGCACGUGAUUUGACUGUAAUGGUAACGAAUGAUCAAAAAGUACUAGUUGGGGCAGGAAACCACUAGGGUCUGCCUGCCCAGCGUUUGAGAGUGUAUUAACACAGAUCCAUUAGCGCUGAACGCAGCCCUCGCUGCAAACAUCUCCCUGCUGCCAGGGGCUCCAGCGUAAAUGACUGCGGCGAGGCUUUUCCUUGAACUCGGCUGUUGGCUAACUGGAUCAGCAUGGCAAGUCAAUACACAUUGUCCUUUUGGGUUGUAGUGGAAUGUCCGGCUCUUCCUUCUGACUUUCUUCCAGAGACCACCCACUAUGGAACCAGAAUGCAAGCUGGAUCCCUUGCCCAAAUAAGGAGAGCAUCCUUUAAUGGCUAUGCUGAGCAAGGGACUGGACUGGGCAUGUGCCGAGAGGGAUCUUGGCAUAGAUCGGGGAUAGCCAGGAAAUGAUUGGCAGCACGACUGACAAAUACAAGCCUUCAAACAUGGAGAGAGAGGAAAAAAAGAACCUGUUGUUGUCAAAUACCUGUUGAAGCGCUGUUAACUGGCAUUUCCAGUUCAGCACGGCCUGCUGCAAUCUCUUCCAUUCCGAGGCCAGCUAUGGCUAAUAGCAAGGUGUUGGUUCCAACUCUUUGUCACCUUCACCAAUGCCACCCACUGUCAGAAUAUCAGCAGAGGUAAGUAUAGGGACAUACAUAGGAAGCUGCCUUAUCAGACCAUUGGUCCAUCUAGCUCAAUACUGUCUACACUGGCAGGCAGAUGCUCUCCAGGGUUUCAGGCAGGGUUCUCUCCAAGCCUACACUGGAGACACCAGGGAUUGAACCUGGGACCUUUUGCCUGCAAAACAGAUUCUCAACCCCUGAGCUACAGGACUGCUCCUAGGUAUGGUACUUGGAAUAGGCUGAGUGGCCCCUGUCCCCCUUGAUUUCUUCCUCUCUCAAAAGUGGACCAGAUGUUCACAACUGUGCCUGUCCCCUGGUAUCCUGGACUCUGUGCCAUUCCACAUUGAUUUUUCUUUGCUAUGAAGGCACUGGGGUGCAUUUUCUAGUAGUGCUCUACAGAUAUGCUGUUUUGGUUGGCUAGAAAGAAAUUGCCCUGUGCUGCAAAUCUGGUGUGUAGCAGAGAUGUCUUGACUCUGGUUUGCUCAUCAGGCAGAACUCCCUGUUAAUAUGAAAGAGCUUGAAAACAAGUUGAAUGUGCUCUAGCGGAGAAGUGAGGCACCUGUGGCCUCCAAGGUCUAUGGCCUUCUAAACUCCAAACUCCCAUCAGUCCUGGCUGGAACGGUCCAGGAUAUUGGGAGCGGCAGCCUUGACAGCUUUUCCAUCCCUAUUCUAGUGGUGUAAUAGACUGGACUCUUCUCCUUUCUGCAGCCAAGCCCAGCAACAUACUGCUACUAUGGGAGGUGGAGAUGAAAAGGAUGUGGCAGUAGCAAUACAGUCUGUGAGCCUUGAGGUAAGGAGUUACUGGAGAUUUCUGGGUUUGGUUUAGCAUUGCCUGAGAACAAGGCCAUGGUCUGUCUCUGUGACUGGAGUAGUUUGUGGGGGUAUUUAAUCCUCUGAUCCAGCAAGCCUAGUUCUGCUAGAGCAUCACUUUGGGUAAAGGGGUGUAGAAAGGUGGGGCAGGGGCUUGUUUUUCUUUCCCCUCCAGAUGUGCACUGCAAGCAAAGCCCCAAAUCACUGUGCUAUGUGCUUUCCACAUACACCCUCUUCAGUCUGACUUGGCAACUGGAUAGCAGAUGUUCCACCGCAGAGGCUCAGAUUUAGCUCAGAGUUUUUCAGUUGGUAUUCCCUAUUAUCAAUAUUUGAAUUAAGUGAAGAAUCCUAGAGUCAUCUAGUCCAACCCCCUGCAAUGCAGGAAUCCUACCUGCAGCCGUCCCUGGGUGGACUUGAACCACCAACCUUCUGGUUAAUAGCCAGAGUUCCAGUUAGGAGGACCACAAUGGGCACUUGAGCAGUAGUUUGGGGGCAGGGCAAAACAUGCUCCCAUACAUAAGAGCCAACUCCAGGGGGGCAUGGGCACCCACAAUAAUAUAAUGGUGGGGGCCAGGCACCCACAAAGCCAAUGAAAAAAGCUGGCAGGCAGCAGCGGCGCUGCCUCCGAGAGAGAAGCAGUUCAGCUCCACCCUUGGAUGUGGAGGCAAAGUCUUUCUGCCUCUGCAUCCAAGGCCCUCCCUUGGGAAAGGGAGCCUCACUGGAUGCAGAUAGCAGGAGGAACAAGAGACGCCACCACCACCGGCUGCUGCAACGUGGGCAUGCGAUGUCAGACCCACAUGUGUACUAUGUGCAGGUAUGUGCAUGUGACGUUGCAUGCCCGUGUUGCAGCAGUGGGCACCCACAAUCCUUCGGGUGAGAUGGCACCCCUGCUCCCUAAUUUAGGGCUUUCAUGAGAAGUAGCGGUUCCAGAAGCCCCCAGCCCCUGUCCUGCAGUUUGUACUUCGUUUUUUCUUAGAUUUCAUUUGUCACAGUACUUCAUGUGUGUUACUGGCUCCUGCGAAUACUUUUGUCUGUACAUUGUGCUCCUGUUUGUGGUAGGCAUGUUAUUAAUCUCCAAACAAAACCAUAAUGCAAAACUGGCAUCAAUCAUAAAUCAAGGCUGCUGUCCAGUUGGGUAACAAGUGUUACUAUCUACUCAAUCAAAAUUCAGAGAAUGUGGCUUGUGAUUUGCAUUUUGUUCCUUAAUAUGCCUAUAAAAUUGGUCUGCUUCAGUGUGCAGGUCUAGUAGCUUGCUCUAGAAUGGGCCAUCAAAAGAGGUACCUAGUAAAAUUACUAGAUGUAGGCUUUCCAAACAGCGCUGAGAUUUAGGGUACCUGCUCAAAACUGGACAUUAUUCCCAAAUAUAAUGCCUUCUUCAUAAAAUGUUCUGUUGAUGCUGAAAUAUUCCCACUACACAACUAUGAUUUACAAUUUGUUGACAUCUUUAUUGUUUAGUAAGGCUUUUCCUAUAAUUAUUGCAACAUAAUUAUCACUGGAUAACAUUGGAUUGAAAAUACUCGGAAGCAGCUUUGACAGCAAACCCAUAUGAAUUACAAUUCCAUUUUUAUGUGUCUAGCUUUUCCCAAAUGAUUUCUCUUGGGCUCAGCUGCAAAGGAAACUUUUCUGUAGAAUUAAGAGGCCUCAUUUGCAUCAAAGGUAUGAAUUACAAUAAGAUUAUGAUAAAGUGAGUGAUACAUGCAUUUUUUAAAAUGCACAAUUAUUUUCCAUUGUUUGUACAAGCUAGUUAAUAUUUACUAAUUAGUGUUUCCAUCACCCUGAAGAUACAAAACCCUUCAAGGUCUGCUAGGACGCUGUCAUGCUUUCAAACAAGAUGAGUUAAUCCAUUUUUUAACUAACAACAAUAUACCAAGCUGGGGAUGUGCAUAGAGGUCUCCCAUCGUCAUUUAAGGCAAGGAGGUAAAAUCUGUGGCAACGAUUCCCAUCAUCCCUGACCAUAGGCCAUGCUAGGUGGGUCUAAUGGAAGUUGGCCGACAAUAUCUGAAAUUUUUGCACAGGUUUCCCACCCCUGAUUAAGAUACUUCAACUGGCGCAUCAGAUCCAUAUUGGAAUGGGGAAAGUCCAUCACAGUAAUGAACUGUACCUUUCUCGGAGCUGUUGCAUGAAGUGUUACAGAUAGCAAUGGUUGGAGGAACCAUAUCUCUGAGAACAUCUACCAUGGUGUGCUUUGAAUCCAGUUGCAGUUUGGGUCACCCUGGACAUAUCUACACACAGAGAGAUCAAGGACAUUUUGGUCAAGUGCAGUUAGCAAACAGCCAAAGAAGGCCAUGGCCCAAGACACAUAAUUGUCAAAAAGCAACACUGGCGUGGUCUAAUUUUCCCCUUGUACUCUACUGGUUAAAGAGGCAUUUCUGUGCCAGCUAGCCUAGGGCUCAUGAUUUUCAUAAUUGGGCGUUGUUUUUCAUAAUGAUGCCAGUGCUGAAUGGGGGGUGGGGAGAGGGAAGUUUAUUAAAGUUAUUUUUAGUGGUCAGCCAAGUUUGAGAGCAACAGAUCUAAAAACUGGCCAUUGUGGUUUCUUGAGCAUAUGUGUGUGUGUCUUCCUUAACCUAUAUUUUGGAAAGCAGAAUAUGAGUCCAUAAAUUAUAGGGAUUGGGAUGAGGGAAGGCAGGGGUGGGGUAAUAGAAUCAAGAAUGGUAGAAAACAUUUCACUUUCCGGCAGAUGGCCAAAGGGCAAACAUCCCAUGAAUAGCCAGUCAGCAAAAUCUUUUGUAAGUACUUGCAGAGUAGUGGUUUAGCCCUAUGCUUUAGUUGAGAUGCCUUCAUGGCAGGCAAUUGCACUAGGUGACCCUCAGGAUCCCUUCCAACACUACCUUUCUAUGUUUCUAUGAUUCUCUAUAUUCCAAGAAUGUGGAAGUAGGUGGUGGGAAUCUUCUGGGGAUUUUGGAGGUGAUGGGAUGGAUUGUCUUUCUAUCCCGUGCAUUAGAAAGUGGGAAGGAAAGGCGUGUACUAUCCUGUGAACUCUACUGACAAGCACACUCAUGGUCAAAUGGUUUGAUGUUUCUUAUUUGAUGGUUUAUUAUCUGAGCAAAACUGUAAACUGCCAAAGUGGGCAACCAAGACAAUUGCUUCUUCCACUAGCAGUUUAGGAGCGCUCAGUUCAUUAGCAUGUGUUUUUGUGUGUGGUUCUUUCUUUUCUUGUUUUCAUUAAUUAAAAAAAUAAUUAUACAGCUGGAUGAAUAAAUAUCCCGAAGGAUAACGUGUGUGCUGAACUGCCAGCAGCCUAUGCAUUUGACUGCUAACUCUGCUUGCUCUCAGUACGUUUAGUCUUUGCAAAUCAUGUCCUGACAUGCAGCGCAUUUUGGUAUCUGUUCCCACACCUAUAAAAAGAUACAUAAAGCAGGAAUCUUUUGUAGGCGCCUUUAAAUAACACCAAGCACACUGAAGUACUGCAUGCAUGAUAAUAGGAGGAAAUUAAUUCCCUGGUUUUAUGGAAUCCUGUACGCAUUUACUCGGGAAGUUGAGCAUCCCACUAAAUUCAGUGGUGUUUACUUAUGAUUAACCUGCCAGUUUUCCAACCUGAUUCAGUGCAUUUUUAUUCAGAAAUAAUCCCCACUGGGUUGAAUGGGACUUAUUCACCCAGGCAGGGGUUCAUAGUAUUGCCACUUUCCUAUGAUCUUUUUCUAUGUUAUAAAUUGUAGAAUUGUCAUGUGUGAUCCUAGAGAUGCCUUCUCAAAAGUAAGUUGUAUUGAGUCCAAUGAGUUUUACUCAGUAGCUGAUGGUGUGGUGGAACACUCAUGCUCACCUGAACUCUGGUCAAUCACAUCGCUGUUGCUUACCAGGAGGGCAGGGGCGAGGGGUGGGGAGGUUGUCAUGGUGGAAAUACACCAGCAGGAGAACCUGAUUGGCUCCACCAUUCCAGCUUCACUGCCACCUUGCCCCUUCCCCUCUAUCUCCCAGUAAGCAACAGCAAUGUGACCAACAGGAGGUCAGGUGAGCGGUGCUGCCUCCUCACCCCAUCCACUACUACUCCCAGGAAAGUGAGUAUACACACUUUCUUGGGGAUAAACCAUACUGAAUCCAAUGGUGAUCAGUUCUGAGAAGACAGGCAUAGGAUUGCACUGUAAAUGUCACCGUUUAUUGAUUUGUAAGCAAGUUUCAGUGCCGGACUUCUUCUGAAAGUUGCAAUCCUUUGCUACUAACUUCAGAGUAAUUCAGAUGUAAAGGUAAUUCAGAUGUGGAAAGGUUAACUUUGGAUGGCAUUUUUCUUGUUUCCUCAAACAUACAUCACAGCAACUCAGUUUUUAGUACAAUUGCAAAGUGAUCUCAAUCUGUCCAAUUCAGAGUGCAGGCGUUUGGUAUAUAUCCUCUAUUAUUUCAGUUGUUAUCGUGUUAUGUGCAUGUGGUGUGCAUGGAUUAGCAACCCACCUUGGUGCAUUUGCUAGCGAAUGAUGGGUAAGAAAUAUAAUGAACUGUGUAUGCACAUAUAUUUUUACAGUGGAAACUUUUCCAAGAGAGCUGGAUAUGUCAAGGCUGUAUUGGAGGCCACAGUUUCUGGUUUGAAAGGCCUGCCUACCUAAGCUCCUGGCUUGUGGGCUUUGUUGAGUAGUUAUUGAUAGGGCAGAGGCACUCUGGCCAUGCUCAUUCUUAUUAACACUGUAUGUUCCAGGGUGAAUAGUCAGUAGAAUCUAUGGCCAAGCUCUGUCUCAAAUGUUGCAAUUUUACCAUAUCUGAGAAUGCUGACUGGGCGGCAAAAGGUCUGGAUGAGUUCUUGGGAAGUGCUGCUUUUGCAAGUAGCAACUACAUGUCAAGUCAAGGGGAGAGGUGGACUUUUGCAGGCCUGCACCAGGCCAAUUCUGGGCUUCUGACCAUAUUUUGUAGCCUUAAAGGUUCCUUUCCAACCCCUUCCAUCCAGGUCUUCUUACAUUGCUACAGCAGGGCCAGCCCAAUACAUUUUGGCACCUGAGGUGAACCACAAAAUUGUGCCUCAGGGGAAGAAAGGUUGAGUGAAGUUUUACACCAGGAACAAGGGGGCAAUGAAUAGCUACAUUGGGAUCUGCUGCCCCUGUGGAUCCUGCCACCUGAGGCGAUCACCUCACCUUGCCUCAUGGGUGAGCUGGUCUUGCAAGGCAGUCGGCAGAAACUGGUUUAUUUUCACACAUAUGCCCCAAGCAGGCUGCCACAAAUGACUGUGUUUGUCUGCGUCAGGAACUAUGUAGGUUGAAACGGAAUGUUACAGGGGGGGACUUCCUGGUUCUGAAUGGGGCAACUGUGUCCCUGAAGGAGCAGGUAUGCAGCCUGGGAGUCAUUUUGGACUCACAGCUGUCCAUGGAGGAGCAGGUCAGUUCUGUGUCCAGGGCAGCUGUCUACCAGCUCCAUCUGGUACGCAGGCUGAGACCCUACCUGCUCGUGGACUGUCUUGCCAGAAUGGUGCAUGCUCUAGUUAUCUCCUGCUUGGACUACUGCAAUGCUCUCUCCGUGGGGCUACCUUUGAAGGUGACCCGGAAACUACAACUAAUCCAGAAUGCAGCAGAUAGACUGGUGACUGGGAGCGGCCGCCGAGACCACAUAACACCAGUCUUGAAAGACCUACAUUGGCUCCCAGUACAUUUCCGAGCACAAUUCAAAGUGUUGGUGCUGACCUUUAAAACCCUAAACGGCCUCGGCCCAGUAUACCUGAAGGAACAUCUCCACUCCAAUCGUUCUGCCCGGACACUGAGGUUCAGCGCUGAGGGCCUUCUGGUGGUUCCCUCACUGCGGGAAACCAAGUCACAGGGAACCAGGCAGAGGGCCUUCUCAGUAGUGGCACCCGCCCUGUGGAAAGCCCUCCCAUCAGAUGUCAAAGAAAUAAGCAACUAUCUGAUGUUUAGAAGACAUCUGAAGGCAGCCCUGUCUAGGGAAGUUUUUAAUGACUGAUGUCUUAAUGUAUUUUUAAUCUUUUGUUGGAAGCUGCCCAGAGUGGCUGGGGAAACCCAACCAGAUGGGUGGGGUAUAAAUUUAUUAUUAUUUAUUAAGUUUGACAUCCUCUGCUUCUUAUGGGAAAGGGGAGGAGGUUUUCAUUUGCCUGCCUUCUAGGCCAGGGGUAAAGGGUAUUUAAUGUGGCCCCACACAUAAGGCUCCCCCCCCCCCCGCAAUUCUGUAGCUGUAUAUCCAUCAGAGGGUGUACUUGGACUUGUAAGCUCUGGGGAGGGUCCCCUAACAGAUUUCAACACCCUUAACAAACAUGAAAAAGGUUCUUAAAGAGUAGAUUAUUGUGGUCAUCUGGAAACGAUAAUUGUAUAGGUUUGUAUUCCCACCUCAUGUGAAAAUAUGCUCACAGAUCCAUCUUAAGAAGCAAUGAAUAUACUUUCUGGAAGGAGAGUAAUGUUUUCAGAGGAAGAAAAUUGUCCAGUUUUGCGAGGUGGGAGGGGGAUAUUUGCAACAGGAGCACAUCCUUAAAGAAAGAUGUGAAUUGUGCAUGUCAAGUAAGAAACAAAAGCUCAUUUACUGAGCAAAGAAAGUUUGUGACUCAAAAUGUGACCCAGUUCUCUAAGCUGCCUAAGAGAUGUCUCUUUAUACAUGAGCUGAUUUUUCAGAACCCCUUUUUCUAUUAUGACCUCACACCACAAGACUGCCUCACUUGAUGUGAUUUGCCUCUGAGUUUCCACAAUGAGCUCACUGCUGAGUCUUGUGUGUAGAAAAAGAUGUGCUCUCUCUGUGUUCUUUCUCACAAAAAAUAUAUAGAAAAUAACUUCUAUGAGUAGUUAUGGUGUGGGGAACGUGUGGCAUAAACUUUCAUAGGCAGUAGCCUGACCUACUGCAUUCAAUGUCCAAUGUAAACUCAUACACAUGGAGGGAUGUUGAAGUUGACGGUAAAAUGUAUCUGAAGUGUCUUAGGCAAGGUGUGGACUGAGACAAUGGAAGACAAAGUGUAGGCAAGAUGAGAGUGAGAGACAUCAUGUCUACAUAGCCUUAAAUGCAGCAGUGUCCACUUCUGAGGAGAAAGAACCACUCCAUGCCUGAGAGUGUUGAAUGGCAUGUGUGUACAUGCACCCCUUCUGCCCCACAGCUGUGGAGCUUUUUUUCUCCAGAUGCCUCCCAAAAGCCAUGCAUGAAGCAAUUCAGAAAUGCUUCAAAACAUCUUCAGGUUAGCUAGCUGUGCCCAGGACUUAUCAGGGAGGUGGACUUUAUAUGUUUUAAUAAUUUUUUUUAAAGAAAGAGAGAAAAUUUCAUGUAUUAUAAGUUACCCAAAUAAGAGCGUCAUAUAUGAGCACCAAGGUAACUUAUAAUUGAGUAUGAUAAUACUCAAGGCUAAUAAUUGAAAUAAAUAAAUCAAAAUUAUUAUGAGAGACACUCAGAUCUUUUAAUCCCUGCUCUGUAUCAUUGCCUCUGAACUGCCCUUUGAAGUUACCUUUUGCUAUAAAUGUUUGCCUGCUGUCAUUAUUUAGAAGUGUAUGGCAUCAGGCCACACCAAGAACCUGGCUCCAGAACCAGUUCAGCAGUCUCCCAAUGUGAAUUCCCUGGUACGUGCAUUCAGUCAACAAAGGGAAAAAUGGAAAUCCAGGUGGUAGGUGGGUGGUGAAAAUAGCUCUGAGAGAAAAUGAACUUUAAGCACCCUACUUUUGCUCAGUUGCCAUCUUGCCACAUGUUUAUGGAAUUUACAUGCCAAAAGCUGACUUUGGUUGCCUCAAUAACCAGAUCAAUUUGUACAAAUCUAUAAAGACCUUUUUGAAGUCAGAUGACAGAUAUAUAGGAUUUUUCAGAAUAAAUGCAGCAAACAAUUCAGUGAGGGAUGACCUGCAGGGACUGAGUAAACUAUUAAUAUUUAUACAAAGAUGCCACAAUGAUAUAUAUGAAUAGGAAGAAUGACUAGUAUCCAAAGGACGUGUUGAGCUUAGAUUAUUGUCAACAGAAUUCCUAACAGCAUAACAUUUCCUCAUACGAACAUCGGGGCCUAAAACUUGGGCAAUUCCUGUCUUAGUGCGUAAAGCGUCUUUGUUGUGCUUUUCCUCUGACAAGUGUUAGGAUUCUUUGUUUCCCACAAAAUAAGGAUGUGAAGUAAGUCUUUAUACAUAGCGCUGUGUUGGCAAACAAAAAGAGUGUUUACUCCAGUCCUUACUGCCAAGUAUGAGGUACUUCGGCAUGAACAUCAAAAGCACUGAAAUGAGUAUUAGCUGAUUCUUAAGAAACGUGAAUAAUGCUAUUGCUUGCUUCUUGUUGUUGUUUAGUCGUGUCUGACUCUUCGUAACCCCAUGGACCUGAGCAUACCAGGCACUCCUGUCUUCCACUGCCUCCCGCAGUUUGGUCAAACUCAUGCUGGUAGCUUCGAGAACACUGUCUAACCGUCUCGUGCUUUGUCGUCCCCUUCUUCUUGUGCCCUCCAUCUUUCCCAACAUCAGGGUCUUUUCCAGGGAGGCUUCUCUUAUCAUGAGGUGGCCAAAGUAUUGGAGCCUUAGCUUCAGGAUCUGUCCUUCCAGUGAGCACUCAGGGCUGAUUUCCUUAAGAAUGGAUAGGUUUGAUCUUCUUGCAGUCCAUGGGACUCUCUAGAGUCUCCUCCAGCACCAUAAUUCGAAAGCAUCAAUUCUGCGGAGAUCAGCCUUCUUUAUGGUCCAACUCUCACUUCCAUACAUCACUACUUGGAAAACCAUAGCUUUUACUAUACGGACCUUUGUUGGCAAGGUGAUGUCUCUACUUUUUAAGAUGCUAGAAAGAUUGCUUGCUAGAAAGAAGCAAUUGGUCAGCCACAAAGUUGUGAAAGGAGGCAGAAGAGUGGAACAAGUUCAGAAAGGAAGGUAACCCACUAGGCUGCUCCACAUGGCUUAGGUGUUGAUCAUUCAUCCUGAAGUUAGAGUAUGUCCGGAGCUUUAUUGAACAUUCACUCUGAUUUGUUUAUACAACAAUGAGCAUCCAACUGGAUGUGUGCAGUGGUUAUGCACUAUGCGUUUCAAUACAUUUUGCCCAUUGCUUUCCCAACUGCAGAGAGUCUGUGUUGUUGUUUUAAGUGGAUUUGUUGUGCUAGGCUGACAUUUAAUUGUGUAGACCUAAUUUUCCAGUAUGUGCUUGAAACCCUCUCUCAAAGUCAUGAUCCUAACUUUGGUAAAAUCAGAAAACUGGGAUUUUGUGUCUUUUCGUAGGGAGACUUGCAAAGUUCCUCAACCUGUCACAAAAGUAAAGAUUAUCCAGGAAAAGAUAUUUCCUACUCUAGGUUGGGAUAUAAGUCUUCCAAGACCAAAGCAAAGGUGGGAAAGCAGAUUGUUCAAAGCUGUAUAAGGCAACCAGCUUUAAUGCCAUUGUGGUGGGUUUCUCCUUGAUAAGUUUCUUUAUUCCUUUGUGACUUAGGCUCACAUUAACAACACAGCUACAGCUGUGUGGGGACUACCGUACUUCUGUGUGGGAUAAUCAGGGUAAAUAAAAAUAAGUGGAUUUUUUUAAAGCACAUCUUUAAAAAAUAAUUAGAUUGUAACUUUUGUUCAGAUUUCAGCUAUAAGUUUUUCUUUUUAAAAAUAACCUGGUUUAAAAAUGAAAGCAAAAAUAGAACUUCUUAAAACUAAAUUUAUGACCUUACAAAUUCAUGAAAGGCUGCUUUAAAGGAAAGAAAGAAAAGUGAGGAAAACAUUUUCAUCAGUCAUUAAUAAGUACAGUAGUUCAUGCAUUUAUAUUCUGGGUUGAUAGUGGGGUUCAGGAACUUGAAAGACAACACAUGUCAUCCAGUAAUCCAUCUGAGUGCAUGUGAUGGGGGACCAUUUUUAAAUUAAAACCAUAUCUACAAUAUCCAUCUCAUAUCAUAGAUGCAAUUAGCUGAGGGAAUCAGCAGAAGCAGGGUUUAUGCCUCAUUCUGCCCUCAGGUGUCCUUGAUCUAGAAUGGCUCUUGCAAUCCCUACAUACCACAAUCCUCAUAAUUCAGUGCAUUAACUUGUUUAGGAGUUUUACCCAACUAAGGGAAACUUUUUUUCCAUAGUGACAUGGCAUUUACUCAUAAAGUGAUGAUGUCACUCUAUGAAUUCUUUUGCCUAUUGCAUCUAGCAUUCAAAUAUGUUUCCUCAAGAGUGGGGAAACGUCAAGCUUGUAGGAUCUUUUCAUUUUCUUUUGUUUUUUGUGUGCUAAGGUCCCGCAGCACCCGCCGUCUCAAUCCACACAAUAGACAUGACACAGUGUAUUGGGAUCAAAUAAGGCCACAAAUUUAUUGCUUACAGGUGUCAGAGGUCUGGCCUAAGCAUUGGGUUCUACCAAGGACUUCCAGGUCCACCUGCUGGAACUAAAACCUGGGUCAACCCAACAGCAGAUGGAGGGGAGGGGGACCUAUGACUUACAUCAAAUAGGAGUGCCACCUGCUGUCCUGAGGAGUGCUGUGGCCCCUGCCUUAGCAUUUGGACAGACAAAACUCCUCCUGGAUCCCUUUAAUGGGGUACCCAUUACUCAGAGGGGCAGGCAGAGGCUACAGCUUCCCCUCCAGCCAAGACUAAGGCUUACCCAAUGCCUAAACUGCCAAAGUUGUGAUGAUUGCUAUGAGGUAGGCAAACACCGUGAAUCGUGGGGCAAUUUGCCUGAUGAAAAAAUUCCUGCCCAGCCUCAAAUAUGGCAGCCAACAGCAUCCAUAGCAAGGUCCAGCAUGAAAAUAAAGCAAAAAAACAGAGAGGGAGGAUGGGAGAUCUGCUUUCCCCAACAGUAUUACUAGGCAUAAUUUAGAAAAGGGCCCAUAUGAGGAUCAAUUUUGCUUUCCUCGUCCCCCCCACCCUAUGAAAAGAAACAUGGAGGGUACAUUGAUUCCUCCCCUUUUUAAAAAAGAAAAAAGAAAAGAAAUUCCAUAAUUGAACUCUUUGGUUUAUGGUGAGAUUUAACCAUUUCUGCUAAAAGGGUAAUUAAAGACAUACUCCUAAACUUGCACACUAUGUAAGCAGCAAAGCUUUGUACAUGAUUGUUUCUUUUGCUUGUUUGCAAGCUAGGCACCAUGUACUCACACUUUACCUUGGUUUUUCACCCUUCAAAACUGGUCUGGGGAGAUGUGUCCAGUCAGGAAUUCCAGGGGUAUAUCUUUCCCAGACACUUGCUCCAGAUAAAUUUCCCCACAGAACAGUGUUUUACCUAAACUGCCAUAUACUAAAGAAAAUGUCCAGGCAUAAAUUGAACAAGUGCCUUCUAAAAAUUACCAUAGUAUAUUCUGCAAGGGAGCACAUGCUAGAAAACAAGAGCAGACUGGAAAAGUGAUGAAGAGGGACAGCUUGACAGGGAGCACCCGCCUUGUUGCCUUGGUAAUGGGCUGUCGCAUUCCCUUUCCUUCUCCCCCAAGUUAUACAGACCAAGGGCAGUGCAGGGGCUUCACUGGCCCUCAGUUAGAGCACAAAGGAGGGGUCUUGACCUCUGCUUCACUGAAUUUCAUUGCCUGCUAGUUUAGUACAGAGAGAUGAGCAGCAUGCAAGCAAGGAAGCAAGCACCUCCAUGUGCCACAAAAUAGCAAAAGGCAAGGAUGUAAUUGGGCUGGAUUUUAAAAAUGUUCAUGAACAACCCCACACCCCCAUUUUGGCUUACCUUUAAUUGGGAUAGCUGAAUACUUCCCUUGUUGCUCAGUAUUCCCUGAAUACACCUUUACUUUCACUUAUGAAUGCCACCUCAGCUGCAUGAAAAUAUGUGUUGUAAUUGCACCUGGUAUCUGUGAGUUCCACAGACCAAUUUUUUUGCUACACAAAAACAAGCAAGCCAAAGCUUGUUGCAGGAAAAGUCUGGUGUGUGUUGGGGCUUGUGUGUGUGCUCUCCCAUGCUGACAGAUGGUUAUUUGCUCCUCAGUUUCUGAAAUGUAGUUUUGGGAGCCUUAGAUACUGUGAGACAAUCCUUUCCCCCCUUUGUCUUUUUAAAGGCAAUUACUGUUCAUAUAGUUCCAACCUCCGUGCUGAGAUCUUUCUGCAAAAGACAAUAACUUUCUGAAAUCUUUCCCCGUUACUGCAUGCAUACCGCAGAUGCUUAGUAACCUUUCCAAGCAUGCUGUUACACUUGUCAUGCAAAUAGAGGAUAAUUAAUUAUCAUGCCUAGAGUGUGACAUUUACUGUGCAAGGGUUCUUGAGACUUCAGGCCAACAUCUUUAACUAGUUCCAAGCAGGGUAGUCCAAUCAUUGGCUUCUGCCAUAGUGAACGCUCUCAGUGAAUGCCUUUGUGACAUAAAAGAUAAAUGCGGGAAACCUUUUUCCAGGUGUGAUUUCUGUCGCUUGACUGGGAUGACUGAAUAUAAACGCAUGCCCAUUGUCUCUGUGUGAGGUUAAAAAGUUACAUAGGGUCAACACGUAACUCUUUCCAACUUGGCAGUGGAGGGGCAUGUAUGCUUGUUUUGCACCUCAAAUGGUUGUUUCUUCUUUAAUCUAUUUGUUCUGAAUUCCUUCUUUUCUAUCUUUCUUCCCCUCUUCUUGUCGCCCACAGUUCCACCAAGUGAAAAGAGUGAUGACCAUCCUUUUCCUUACUAUGGUUAUUUCAUACUUCAGUUGCAUGAAAGCUGCCCCAAUGAAAGAAGUGAGCAUCAGAGGACCAGGCAGCUUGGCUUAUCCCGGUCUCCGGACACAGGGAAACCUGGAGAACCUCGGCGGGCCCAAUGACGCCUCCAGAGGAUUGACGUCCUUGGCGGACACUUUUGAACAUGUCAUAGAGGAGCUCCUGGAUGAACAGCAGGUCAUCCAGCCCAGCAAGGAAAAUAAGGAUGCCGACUUGUACUCAUCUCGGGUGAUGCUAAGCAGUCAAGUGCCUUUGGAGCCACCACUGCUCUUUCUGCUUGAGGAGUAUAAAAACUACUUGGAUGCUGCAAACAUGUCCAUGAGGGUCCGGCGUCACUCCGACCCGGCUCGCCGUGGGGAGCUGAGUGUGUGUGACAGUACGAGUGAGUGGGUGACGGCGGCCGAGAAAAAAACGGCGGUGGACAUGUCGGGGGCAACCGUCACAGUCCUGGAAAAAGUCCCGGUACCCAAAGGCCAACUGAAGCAAUAUUUUUAUGAGACCAAAUGCAACUCCAAGGGUUAUACGAAAGAGGGCUGCCGGGGCAUAGACAAGAGGUACUGGAAUUCCCAGUGCCGAACUACCCAGUCUUAUGUGCGAGCUCUCACUAUGGAUAACAAGAAGAGAGUUGGAUGGCGGUUUAUAAGAAUAGACACUUCCUGUGUUUGUACACUGACCAUAAAAAGGGGAAGAUAGUGGAUUUGUGUUGUAUAGAUUAUAUUGAGACAAAAUUUAUCUAUUUGUAUAUAUACAUAACAGGGUAAAUUAUUCAGUAAGAAAGAAAAAAUAAUAAUUUUAUGGACUGCAUGUAUAAAUGAAGUUUAUACAGUACAGUGGUUCCACAAUCUAUUUAUUGAACAUAUCCAUGAGCUAAAGAGGAACAAGACAGACAGAGAGAGAGAGAGAGAGAUAAAUUCAUUUGCGCACAACUUUGAGAAAAAAAAUGCAUUACAUUCCUCUAACAUUGUGGUUUGUUGCUGUUGCCAAGAAUUGAAAACUUAAAAAAAUUAAAAAAAUAAAAUUGCAUGCUGCUUCAAUUGUGAAUUGAUGAUAAACUGUCCUUUCAAAAAAAAAGAAAAUGAACCAAAACAUUCCGUUUACAUUUUAGACAGUAAGUAUCUUGAUUCCUAUUAGUAUUAUAUCUGUUUACUGCUUUUAAAUUCUUCUGGUAGCGUUGGAAUUAAAACAAUGUCAAGGUGCUGUUGUCAUAGUUUUACUGUUGAUUUUUUUUUUUUUAAUUUUAAAAUUCCCACAUGGUUUUAAAAAGAGGAGAUUACUCCCUGUCGUCACCGUAUAUGUUCUGGAUAAAACAAAUUUGGGGUUUUUUUGUAUGUUGUGAAGGUGUUUGCAAUAUCAAAUCAGACUACUGAAAAAAAUAAUAAAAAAAGGCAACUGAAAAAGACAGUGUUGAUGUUCCUCCCAGUGCUCUUUUCUAAUCUACAGGCAGCAAUUUUAUGUUUGUCUAGGUGUGGUUUCUAUUCUAUGAUUGUUGCUUUAAAGACCUGCCUUUUGCUUGUUUUGUAUUUUGGUUUUUCUGGGGUCCGUCCGUCCCCCAACACUUUUCCUCUCUUAGGAAGAAAACAAAUUGCAUUCUCUUUCAAACAUAUUCCCCCCAUUUUCCUUGGGUGUUGAGAACAAAGAUGAUUGCCCCAACCUAGGAAGGGAGAUCUGCAUAUACAGCUGGUGUGGAUUCCUCAGGAUCUUUCGCCAGGCUGCACUGAGCUUGGUGAGGAUGGAGAAUCUCAUCACCAUCCUCUCGUUGUAUGAGCGGAGUCGAUUCAGGGAGAAGUAGUAUUUGUGUCUGGAUUAACUAUCCCGUUGAAGUACAAUUACCAAAUCUUGGCAAGAAAGAAAAAAAAGGGAAAGAAUCACAUGAAUAUCAGAUGGUACUUUAGCAAAUACAUUUGGAAUGCCACAAUGCUGUAACUUAUGGAUCCAGACGGUCUACAGUUGUGUUGGCAAUGGAAGGAUUAGCAAUCGCUACUGAAAAGAACUGCACAGAGAGACAGUGAAGCAGUAAAGGCUUCCCUGUGCGAGUAAAUAUAUGCAGGGCAGCCAGAUGCUCUUAUUGUAAAAAAGAAUGUCUAGUAUGCCCCGGUUCUCAAAUACCUGCUACUUUUUCUACUUGAGAUAAUAUGACAGAAUCCAGGCCUGAAGGAGUGGCUCUGGAAUCAGGUAGGCAGAGCCUUCUACCUCAAAACCCAACUACCUGUUUCGUCUAAAUAUGUCUGCAACGGUCUAUGGCUUUUUGAGAGGUAGCACACAAUAGCCUUAUCUUCUACAGGCAAGAGAAUCCUGUAGAACCAUAGCUCUUGGUUUAAAAGGAAAACCUAGGAUGCAAUCCUGAAAUCAGUUGCAUGCACUUUAAUUAAAGGUAACUCCAGUGGUACUCUUAAGUAAGUAACUGAGCACAGGACUGAUGCCUCUGGCCUUGGAGAAUUAUCAGCAAAUCCAGCACAACCUGCAACACAAAUAGACAUUGACUACAUUAGAAAUGCCACAGCAAGAGCGUGACCUCUCACUAAAUAUAUUCGGUUUUUGUUUUGGCAUGCAUCAUAUAACCCACACGUUGCAAUGCAGACAGUGUCAUUUAUCAAGGGAUAGUUGCAUGUAUAUUUCAUAGUGACGAUGCCUACUUCCAUGGGUGGGGUCCAAUGUUUUACUAAACAGAGGUCUUUGCUUUGAUGUAGGCCUAGUUUUUUGAAAGUGGUAGAUAAGGUAAAUCUGUUUCUGGACUGAACCAUUUCAAACUGAAAAUGAAAUACCCCCACCUCCCCAGAGUGGGGAGGCAGUCGUGUCAGGGAGAAGGCUAGGCUACAACCCUUCUCCUUUGACAUCUAGUUUUCUAUGUGAAGGGGGAAAGGAGGCAUUCAAUUACAUGAAUCUCCACCUGCAGUCUAAAGUAGUACAGUCCAGACACUGGUUUACUAUUUCAUGUGCUAUUUGUUUGAACUAGGCUAUAAAUAAAAACCCAACCUUUCUUGGGUGAUAUUUCACUAGAAGACUCAGGCCUUAAGAUAAUGUGUCUUAAAACACCACAAUACAAAAAUAAGCUCAUUUCAGAUCCUGGGAUUAUUAAUUUAGCAGUAGAAAUCAGUCCCUCAUUUCAUUAAUGGUCAGUUUAUGCAGUUAUCAGAAGUAAGAAUUGGAUGCAAACAAACUUAGCGUAUUUAUUUAUUUUAUUUAUAGAAAAUAUCAAAGCUUUUCACCAACUUCUAAUACGGGAAGAAGAAGGUUGGUUCUGGGUUAUUACAAAUCUAUUCACUCUCCUUGGACAUGUGUUCACUGUCGAAAAACAAAACACUAACCCAAUUGAUUAACGACAGUAUGCAGGUAGAUGCUUUGCCAGUAAUCAACUCUUGACUGCUCAAGGCUGGGCAAAUAAAUGGUUGUUACCUUAAAGGAAAGCAGAUGCUGUCAUUGUCCAUUUUUAAUAGGCAAUCCAACUGGAGCUAAAUCAGCCUUUCAGCCCAAUGGCAAUCCCUUUAUUUAGCUUUAACCUGCAUCCCAGGCUAUCUUCACCACAAAAUCCUAGUAGACAUUUAAUAUAAGACAUAUAUCUUAAAGGCAGGGAAAAUAUCUGGGUUACAUUAAUCCACGCAUUUGGAAUGGAAAGUCUUUGUAAGAUUGUGUUAUAAGCAAGAAGCUGCUUUUGUUCACACUUUUGAAAGUGGAAAUGGAGGGGAAUCAUUGUCAUCCCUCGGUGAUGUUUUCUUAUGCAAUGAGAAAAUAUCAUGAUCCUGAUUUCCUUCAGAUCCAUUAGGCUAGUUCCCUGCUUUAUGGCUGUUCCUAACUUUAUGUAGUGAAACAGUGUGCAGACUUGUUCUCAAACCAUUUCCGCUGAUAUAAAUGAAUUCCCUUCCAGCCCCACUGUGUAUAUAACUAGGUCAACAUCCUCACUCAGUCCUAACUAAAGCCUGUCACCUAAAUUCCCACUAAAAAAUUGCAGUGGAUCAUUAUUUAGAGUCAUGCAGUUCACAAUUUAAACAAAG